AUUUUAAAACAAAGUCCAAUUAUGAGCGCGGGGCUGCCGGCUAUGCGCGCGGGCCGGGCGUCAGCGCCUCCGGGCCUCCGAGCGCGGCGGAGAACUAGCCGGGAACCCCGAGAAAGCUGCCCGCGAGCGCAAAAGCCCACGGGGUAGGGAGCCCUGGGGCGCGCUCGGCCAGCACCCGCUCCCGGCCGCGCCACCCCCAACUGGUGCGCGACCAGGUCGGAGCGAGCGCGGGCCGCGCGCGGGGGGCUCCGUCUCCUCUCCGGGGACCGUGGGGACGAGCCGCGGCGGGCGGAUCCCCCGCUCCCACGCCCGGGGGACCCCACGUCUUCGCGGUCCCCGCCCCGGCCCCGGCCCCGCCCCGAGGGCACCGGGGCUGAACGCGCCGCGCUAGCUCCGAAGUGCGUCACGGGCACCGGCCGCGCUGCUCCAGCUCAGGGCGAGGCUGGCCGCUGGCCAACGAGGGCCGGCCCAGGGGUGCCGGGCAGUCUCUGGGGCGGGCACCCGGGCGUGCCAGGCGGAGCGCAGUUGGGGAGGUGCUGGGGGGCGGGGAGGACUUGGCGGGGGGCGUCCUCCGCGCCGGGCCGCCAGCCGGGGGCUCCCCUGGCCCUUCGGACCCCCGAGUUCUUCUUGGUUUCCCCCCCGCGCCGCGGCAGCGGAGUAUUUUUCCUCUCCGAGAAACUCUCGGACCCUUCUCGGGGCUCCCCGCCCCGCCCCAGCUCCCCGCCCCCUCCCCUAGGCUGACCCGAGCCUGGAGGGGGGAAGGAAGGUCCGGGCCUGGGGCACCUCGGGUGGUGGGGGCCAGCGAAGCCGCGGGCCACCGACCCGCCCCCCGCCAUGUGACGCCCCUCUCGUCGCAGCGACCCCGCGCGUGGCCCGGGCCCCCCGGAUCACCAUGCGCCUGCCGAGCCCCGCGCGCCCGCUGCCACCCGCGCCCCAGCCCGUGCCGCAGCCGCCCGGGCAGUUCCUGCGCCUCUUCUACUGCACGGUCCUGGUCUGCUCCAGGGAGAUCGCGGCGCUCACCGACUUCUCCGGUUACAUAACCAAACUCCUGCAGAACCACACCGCGUACGCCUGUGACGGCGACCACUUGAAACUCCAGUGCCCUCGGCAUUCUACGAUAAGUGUCCAAUCGGCAUUUUAUGGGCAAGAUUACCAAACGUGUAGUGCCCAGAAGCCUGCCUCCCAAAGGGAAGACGGCUUAACCUGCGUGGCACCCACGACAUUGCAGAAGGUGCUGGACGAAUGCCAGAACCAGCGGGCCUGCCACCUCCUGGUCAAUAGCCGUGUCUUUGGACCUGACCUUUGUCCAGGAAGCAGUAAAUACCUCCUGGUCUCCUUUAAAUGCCAACCUAAUGAGCUGAAAAAUAAAACCGUGUGUGAAGACCAGAUGCUGAAGCUGCACUGCCACGAGUCCAAGUUCCUCAACAUCUACUCGGCCACCUAUGGCCGCAGGAGCCAAGAGCGCCACCUCUGCGCCCCCGAGGCCAAGUGGCUGCCGCCCUUCGACUGCUUGUCCUACUCGGCGCUGCAAGUCCUAUCCCGGAGGUGCUACGGGAAGCAGCGAUGCACAAUCAUUGUCAACAACCACCAUUUCGGGAGCCCCUGCCUGCCAGGAGUGAAGAAAUACCUCACGGUCAACUACGCGUGUGUGCCCAAGAGCAUCCUCACGGCGAUCGACCCAGCCAUUGCUAAUCUAAAACCUUCUCUGAAGCAGAACGAUGGUGACUAUGGAAUAAACUCAGACCCCAGCGGAACGAGGGUGUUGAGGAAGGACGGUGCCCUGGUGAGCAGCUCGCUGGCGGCCUUCGCUUACAUUAGAGCCCACCCGGAGAGAGCGGCCCUGCUGUUCGUGUCCAGCGUCUGCGUGGGCCUGGCGCUCACGCUGUGCGCCUUGGUCAUGCGUGUGUCCUGCGCCCGGGACCUCCGAGAGCUGCAGCUGGCCCAGGAGCGCCUGGUCCCGGGAAGUGACCGGGUGGAGGAGGACAGCGACGACGACCAGGAGGAGGAGGGGGAGGAGCACUCCUCGGACUCGGAUAUUCAGGGGCAGCUGUCGGGCUUCAGCAGGACUUCCUACCCCGGCUACACGUCCAUCGAGGCCGCGGAGCUGGCGGAAAGGAUUGAGCGGCGGGAACAAAUCAUCCAGGAAAUCUGGCUGAACAGCGGCUUGGACACGUCACUCCCGAGGAACAUGGGGCAGUUUUACUGAAAACCACCCACCCUUGGAAGAUGGGAGGGUCUCCGCCACACACCCCCCGCCCAACCUUGCUUCACUUGUACCUUCUAUGAAGGAGAAUCGUGAAGGCCGAGAGCUCCGAGGGGCACGUUGGAAACCGUUUACGGCGCCUCUCAAAAUAAAUGCAGA